AUGGGCAAACACGAAGCACUUACGCCCAAAGCCAUCGCCAACAGGAUCAAGGCCAAGGGCCUGCAGAGGCUGCGGUGGUACUGCCAGAUGUGCGAGAAACAAUGCCGCGACCAAAACGGGUUCAAGUGCCAUUGCCUGUCCGAAUCGCACCAGCGGCAGAUGGCCAUAUUCGCCGAGAACCCGAAGCGCUUCCUGGAGCAGUUCUCGCAGGAAUUCGAGACCACAUUUAUCGCCACGCUGUCGCGGCGCUACGGCACCAAGCAGGUGCACGCCAACCAGGUGUACCAGGAGAUUGUGGCCGACCGCCAGCACUUGCAUAUGAACGCGACAAAGUGGGCGACGCUGUCCGAGUUUGUCAUGUACCUGGGCCGCGAGGGCAAGUGCAAGGUCGAGGAGACCGAGCGCGGGUGGUUUGUUCAGUGGAUCGACAAUAGUCCCGAGGCGCUGGCGCGCAAGGAGGCGAUCCUGAAGAAAGAGCGGCAGGAGAUGGACGACGAGCAGCUGGAGCACAGGCUGCUCAAGGAGCAGAUUCGCCGGGCGCGCAAGGCGGAGGCCCCGGCCAGCACGGCCGAGGCGACGGGGCUGAAGCGCGACACCCAGCAGCCCAUCAGGCUCUCGCUGAAACCCAAACUCGGAGCUGCAAAGCCAAGC